AUGACUGACCGAAUGCAGGAAUGCCAUUCCAGAGGCACGUGAUUUUGGCAACGUUCUCUUCCACGUCAGCCUAGGUCACAACGACCCAAAGAAAUUACAAUUAUGAAAUCUUCUUCUCCCUACCUGCCCUCUCUUGGCAAGCUUUGGGGCUCCAUUUAGUUUAAAAGCCGGCUUUGCCUGGCUUUGCCACCACAAUUCAUCCUGAGCCAUGAAGAUCCUUCACCUGGGCUUGGCAGUUCUCUCUUUGCUGCUCCUGGCUUCCCCAGGUAAGGGAUGGAGGGGAAGAAGACAGAGGGACACCUGCCAGCCUAUUAUGGGGUGGAAGAGGGAGAGAAGUACAGUUGCUAUUCUGUGCAAUUGCUGAUCUGUGGCCUUGCAAAGGAAGCUAACAUUUCUUGCUAGAGACAUUUCUUUAGUGGUAAAUUUUGCGUAAAAAUGUAUAUGUCAGACAAAAUCGCCUACCAAAGUGUGUCUAUUAGGGAAAAUAUGCACUGUGUUGCUGACUUUCCCCCAUUAUGCCCAUCAUUGCUAUGCAAUCUCCCCUAAUAUAACCUUUAUUUUCAUUCUGUUUUCAUGAAGUUACACUUUUUCAUGUGCAGUUGAGUAGACACAUUUUUUAAAAAAACAUUACUUGAAGGGAGAACUGCCUUUCAAAGGAUGGCUGUGCUUUGAUGUUCACAUGUUAACUUUAUUAAGGUGCAGUAAUACAUGGGAAAACUGCAUCGCAUGUAAAAGUGGUAAGGAAAAGCAAAAGUAGCCUCCUCUUUUCUCAGUUUGGUCAGAUUUUAUGGAAUUCUAUGCAAUUCUAUGGAAUACAUUUUAAAAAGUAAAAUUUUGAUUUGCCUCUUCCACAGGUCUUUCACUAAAAUUGGCAUAUGUCGUGUCUAAUUAGUGGGGAAAUGUUUCUUGAUGUAAUAUAGAGCCUUUUAUUCUGGGUAGUCCUUGGGGCUCUGAUGGCUUCAGUUCCAGGCUUUAGUUUCUCUAUAACCUAUAAGCCAUGUGUGCCUCACUUCUUGCUGUCGUGUUUCGUAGACUGACACCCUCCACUCAUGAGCAAAUAGCUGGAUAAGCAGAUUGACCAUUUCUUCUUGUGAAUGUAGCAAGGGUGGUAAACACCAGUGGCCAGUGGCAAGGGGUGGGGUGGGGGUAGGAGUUGGGAUCCCACAGCACCCAGAGCGUCACAGAGCCACUCCUGUUCAAAGGGCUGUGGAGUUGUUCCUCUCUUUCAUCCAGUUGUGAAUUAACUUCCUUCUCCCCACUUAUGUUUGUUUCUCUCUUUGCACAGGAUCUGCACAAGACGAUGAACCUAAUAAUGGUAGGCAAUGCCGUAAAGCCAAAGGAUUUUGUGGCUUUCUUUCUGCCUAUUGUGAAUUAACUUCCUUCUUCACACUUACGUUUGUUUCUCUCUUUGCACAGGAUCUGCACAAGACGAUGAACCUAACAAUUAUGACGAGUGUGGAAAUAGCAACGGUAUUUGCAUAGAUGGAGGUUGUCCAGAUAAUUCUCAAGAGAUUGGAAUGUGUGAUGAUUAUCUGUUCUGUUGCAGAAGGUAAUUUCUUCUUGCCAAAGGAGAAUUACACCUCCUGCCCCUCUCCCUUCAGCCUCUGGAUUGAUCAUUUUUUCAUUUCAUUUCAUUAUUUCAUUUCAUUUCAUUUUAAUGUUUGAUGCAUUACUGUAUUUUAUUAUUUUGUUGGAAGCCACCCAGAGUGCUGAGGAAGCCCAGCCAGAUGGGUGAGGUAUAAAUAAUAAAUUAUUGUUAUUACUAUUAUUAUUAUUAUUAUUAUUAUUAUUAUUAUUAUUAUUAUUUGGAGCCUCUGAUUUGGGUGGCUGCCACCCUAAAUUGACACCCCUUCUCAGACUGAGGCUAAGGGACCCACAGAACUAAGAAAUUAGUUUCAUUACGUACAACCUGGAAAACUUUAGGAUGGCUUGUCACAAUUAACUAUUGAUCAGUCUGCAUGUUUACAAUAAUCUGUCUGAUUCCAGUUUAACAUCCUUUAACGUAGCAUUCAUCCGCUGUUAAAAUCCAUUGGACUUUUCCAUCACAACCCUCUUAUAUCCAAUUUGUUAAUUACAUAUAUUACUUUCAUAGAUCAAUGAGUACCAGCUACCUGCUCCAUUAAUUACCCAAAGCAUUGUUUACCUAAAUAGUUAAUUGCUCCACAUACCAAAUGCAGAGUCCCCUAAGUUGAUCAUCCUUUGCCUGCAAGCUCGAUUGCUCCAUUGCAAAACAAGGACAAAAAAAUCUAUGGCAGAAUCAGCCAAGGGUGGCACAUCCCAUUUUGCCGCUUGAGGUGAAGUAAGAAUUGCUUCUUUGCCAUGCCACCAGCACGGCUCCUAAGCCCAUCUACCUGCUCCUCCUUCCAUGGCCUGAUCUGCCACUGACACACACCAUACCCUGUUGAUUGCAGGCACAGAAGCGGCACUACCAUUGUUGCCCAUUUUAAGCAAGUUGGUGCUGAGUUCUUUCACCACAGGCAGAACCAGCGGGGCAGGAGGGGCACCAAUGGGUUUAUUGUCUGAGGGGCUUCUGCCACCAGAAGCAGGGUCCUCACCUGCCUCAUGGCUGGUCCAGCUGUCUUUGGCCCCUUUGCCCUGUGAGCUUAUGCCAGUUCUCCUUUGCCAAAUCCCUAAACCACACCGUAUCUUACUGCUCCUGCUGCUAUGGCCUGCUCUGCCACUGCCACACAAUCUACCCUCAAUGGCAGAGAAGCAGCACAGCCAUCGUUGCAAAUUUUAAGCAAGUAGGUGCUGUGGUGCUUCACCACUGGAAGAGCCAGUGGGGCAGGAGGGGGAUCAAGGAGUGUGUGGUCUACAGGGCAUCUAUCACCUGAAACACGGUCCUCACCUGCCUCAUGGCUGGUCCAGCUCUGCAAUCAGCUGUGUAUUUCUGAUGUAAAGAAUUAGAAAGAAGAAAUUUUGUCCUGGGUCAUUGCAGAGAAAUUUGCAACUGGACUGAACGAACCUCAGGGUGCCAGUAUCUCCCGUGUUUCUCAAAACAUCGUCACAAAAUGGUGAGCAAGCUUCCUGUUUCCCCAGAACUCUUCCUCAGGGCCACAAAGACAAGAAAUCCCUGCCGUGCAUAACAUCCAGUCUGCAGGAGAAUAUUGGAGACCUUGAAAGCUUGCUCACUAUUCUGUGACAUAUUUAAUUGUACCUAGAAAAGAAAGUCCCUCAAGGGUAAGGAUGGGCAAGAGAUUGGAUUCAAUUCUCAUCGAAAGGUGAAUCUAUGUAAUUCAUAGUUUCUGGAAAUAAAAAAAUGAAACAGACCUAUCCCUACCCAAUGGCUUAUUAUCAUGAAAUCUUUCUUGUGGUCCAACAUGCCUUGCUUUGUAUUUUCGUGUCUCAAACAUGGUCACCUUGCUGUUGUCUUUUUGUUUCUGGUUUCUACAUUUUAGACGGGAGGAGUGA